GAUGGGAGGUAGAGAAUGCGGAGACAUCAAUGAAUGUAGAUUCCAGAACAAUCCUUGCGCUUAUCAAUGUCAGAACUCAUAUGGUGGAUUCAAAUGUGGAUGCCCAAGAGGAUACUUCGGUCUUGGUGGAAGUCAAUGCAUAAAAGUUAUCAGUGGAUUCCAGCAACCAACCGGGCAAUGCUACGACUGCGAUCCACUUAAUUCCACUGAGUCAGCACAAAUGGAAAUGAUAAGCGGGGAUGAUGAGAACCGUCCACCAGUUAAUACAUCAGUUCCAAUCAUUAUGCAUCUCAGCCUACAAAACCUGAACCAACGUGAACAAUUGAUCCAACUUAUCCAGCUAUCCGGACAUUGAAGGAUCACACAUUGUACAAAAUCUUCGGAGGAAACAAAGGCAGAAUGUUCAGGAUUAAAAAACAAGAUGGCGUCCAUUCUAUUCAUUAUAGGAAGAUAUAAAACCAGGGAAAUACACAUCAAACUCAAAGUGAAACCUAAAAUCGGAAGAAAGGCGGCAAAGAAAGCGAACUUGGUAUUCAAGAGAUGGAAGCAACAAUGAAAAAAAUUCAAAAUCGAAAUUGUGUUUCAUAUUGAAGAGUGAAUGAACAAUUUCAAAAAUAUUAUCGAAUUACGAUCUAUCAAAUAUGAUAUUCUAUAUUUAGCAAUUAAA